AUGGAAGAGAAAAAAGAGAAGCCUGGACUUCCCCCUUUAAAUGUGAAUGCAAUGAAUGCAGGCAUGUUUGGCUUUGCUUUUCCAAUGCCAUUUCCUGUAUUCACUCCCCAAGUAAUGCCUAUGAGAAUGAUGCCACCCCUCUGGCCACCAAAUAGUACCUUUAUGCAGCAGUACAUGGGCGCACUAGGCUCAGGAAUGUUGCACACCAUGAGUAAAUCAACAGGCAGUGGAAAAGAGCCAAAUACUAAAACAGCACAACCCCAUGGAGUUGAAGCCUUCGUUGGAUCUUCUGGACCCUCUGUGUUGGACUUUGCAAGUAAUGGAAGUCACAUGAAUCAAAUGUUAGCAGAAUAUAACAAACAGCAGCAGGGAGGUGCGUUUCUCCCGCAGUUUUCAAACUCCCCACUAAUGUUUCCGUUCGGUGGAUUUGUUCCUUUUGGAUCAUACUUCCCUUAUUUAACUGUACCAACUGGUGAAUUCCCCAAAAAACCAAGUGUAGAUGACCAAAGUCAGUCUAGCUUGGAAACUCAGAGUAAGGAUUUAGACAUUGAUAAUGGGUCAGAAAGUAUGGAUAUCAAUGAGGAGUCACCACAACCUGAUUGUUCAGCCAUGCAAGAAGAAUUGCUGAAAAAAGGCUCUCAGGAAGUCUCUGUUACAUCUAAUGACUCAUCAUCAGCUGGAAAAGGUAGUUCUUCACAUGAUAUUGGUGACAGCAAAUCUACAGAAAUGGAUGUUGCUCAGAUCCUCAUCGACUUCAUGCAUGUACCUGUAAUAAGUGGCACAAAGCAGGCAUCAGAGAAACCUCCAGAAAAAGGACCUGAUUCUACUUCUUUCAGUACCUCUGUUGUCAAUGAGGAAGUUCCUAACUCGACUGAAAGUGUAGAUGUUUAUGGAGACACCUUGCCUGAGAGUUCUACUUCUUUUGAGAGUCCUAUAUCAAAGACUGUAGCAUCUGCAACCUUUCAUCAUGAGAAUGUAGAAUCUGCAAAGACUGUACUCCCCAACAGUGAAACUAUUGUCAGAGAUACUCCUCCCAGAAGUUUUUCAGUGAUAAAGGAUGCAUCAGAAAGCAUUCCUGUGAAAACAUUCCAGUCUCAGCCACAAGACAACUUGGAAUCACAGAGUAUUUGUAGUAAUCAUUAUUUAGCCAGUGAUAUAUCAGUAACUGAAAGUUCAAAACAAGAGUGUAACAUCAAGGAAAAUAAUCUUGGAACUUCAAGUGCCGUGGUUUAUCUGACAAAUUCACAUCAAACCAAUGAAGUUCAAAGCACUCAUUCAAGUGUUAUUGCUUAUGUCAAGAGUGAAACCAGAACCAAUUCAAAGAUAGUGACUGAAGUAAGUGAAAAGAAAUCAGUUGAUCUCACUGAACUGACCCCAAAGCCAGUAGAUAAUCAACAGGGGUUUUUUUCUGACGAUGAAAAUGCAAUUCCAACUGUUGAUGACCUUCUGAGAGGUGACAUGGCAAAUGACAAGUCUACUUAUAAGUGCGAAGUCUGCGCUCAGUUGUUUCGAAGUUCCCUUGGACUUCAGAAACAUUUAGAAUUCCAUACAGAUGAUGGACAGCAUUAUACUUGUACAAUCUGUUUUCAGCCUUUUAAGGAAGCCAAAACACUUGAUGAUCACAUUGCUCUUCACAUGAGGAAGCGACCACACAAGUGCACUUUCUGUCCUAAAGCUUUUCGUGAUCCAGGCUCUCUACAAAAACAUGUGCGUGUUCACACUGGGGAAAGACCUUAUAAGUGCACAAGUUGUAAUCAGUCAUUUGCAGAAUACAGCUCUCUGCGGAAGCAUCUUCGUGUCCACACUGGAGAGCAGCCCUACCGCUGUCAGUAUUGUUCCAAAGCUUUUUCUAUUUCAGGAAACCUUCAGAGGCAUGUUCUUAUCCACACAGGUGAAAGGCCUUACAAAUGUAGCUUUUGUCCUAAAGCUUUUAACAACCCAAGCCACUUGAGGCGUCAUGUCAAGAACUUACAUUUUAAGGGUGAUGCUACAACUGGCGUUGUAGAAGACAUGAUAUCUGCACUCAAUGGGGAUGUCAGUGCACAGAUAAAACAGAACUUAACAGGGAAUUUGCAGGGGAACAAUGAGCUUGUGGACCAGGGUAAUGAUAUUUCUGUUGGAGGCAGACAGCCGACAGAAAAUUUGACGGAAAAUCUUAGUGCAUGCAGCACUUAA